ACUUGCUUUUCGUAUAAACUGUUAGGAAAGUGCUGCCCCCUUAAGCGGAAAAUUUCGGAACUACCUAACAAUAGUACAAAUUAAAAAUUUCAUAAGUCCGCAUUACCUAUGUCAAAUUCGAUUUAAUGCAGCACAAAAAUAUUAAUUUAAAUCUAAAACAUUGAGUUCAUUCCGAGUGCUAUAACCUUUUCCCAUUUGUAUCUGUAAUGUUAAUUAAUCAUUAUUUCACUUCCUCGUGUUAUCUUUUAUUAAACUGCAUUCUUCACUCAUUCUUUGUUUUGGAGAAUUCUUAGCGAUUGCAGCACCAUUCAGUUACAGGCGGAUUGCAAAAGAACUACAGAUACACUAUCAGGCGAUAAUGUUUACACAGUGUUAGUAAUUCAAUGUAAGAUUAUGUAAUAUAUAAACAUAAUACAAUAAAAACAUUCUAAUACGUAAAAUACAUGCAUUUUUCCAGAACAACAACGAAAUAUAAUGCUAUAACUAAAAAAUAUAAACCAUAAACAUAUAAGUUAAACUUAUUGACACAGUAUCUGUUAUCAGAAAGUUACGUUAGACGUAUUACCACACAAGAAUAUAAUUGACUUAUUAUCAUAUUUUCCGUAGCUUCCAACUAGCAGUUACUUUUGCCUUUUUCGACUAAAAUGAAUCUUUUGACGUAUCGUUUUGGUUUAAGAAUAGCUGCUCUUUCGAAUUUCACAAGAAAUAGUGGAGUGCAUAAUGUUCGCUUCUUGUCUAAAUAUUAUCCAAUUGACGAAAACAUCUUUGGACUCACGGAACAACAAAAGGAGUUACGGACGAUGGUUUUCAAUUUUGCUCAAAAGGAACUUGCUCCAAAUGCGUCUGAAAUAGACAGGAAGAACCAGUUCGAUGAACUCCGAGAAUUUUGGAAGCAUUUGGGAAAACUAGGACUAUUAGGAAUAACAGCAAAAUCCGAAUACGGCGGUUCGGAUGGUGGUUAUCUGGACCACAUUGUUAUUAUGGAAGAACUCAGUAGAGCUUCCGGUGGAGUAGCUCUUAGUUAUGGCGCACAUUCAAAUUUGUGUUUAAAUCAAAUUCACAGAAAUGGCACAGAGGAGCAAAAGCUCAAGUAUCUGCCAAAGUUAUGCAGCGGCGAGCAUAUUGGAGCUUUAGCAAUGUCUGAAACAGGAUCAGGAUCGGACGUAGUUUCGAUGAAGCUCAAAGCCGAGAAAAAAGGCGAUUAUUAUAUAAUGAAUGGAAAUAAAUUUUGGAUCACAAAUGGACCGGAUGCUGACACUCUCGUUGUUUACGCGAGAACAGAUCCGCAUGCGAAGAAGCCACAACACGGAAUUACAGCUUUUAUUGUCGAAAAAGGUACAGAGGGCUUCAGUACAGCUCAAAAGCUCGACAAAUUGGGAAUGCGUGGUUCUAAUACAGCCGAAUUGGUUUUUGAGGAUUGCAAAGUACCAGCUGUCAAUAUUUUGGGAGGAUUGAACAAAGGAACUUAUGUCUUGUUCAGUGGAUUGGACUUGGAGCGAUUAGUUCUGGCUGGUGGACCUCUUGGGCUUCUUCAAGCCUGCUGCGACGUAGCAUUCGAAUAUGCUCAUGCGAGAAAGCAAUUUGGAAAGCCCAUAGCUGAAUUCCAAUUGAUUCAAGGAAAACUGGCAGAUAUGUACACUAGCUUAAGUACCUGCAGAAGCUACUUAUAUACCAUAGCAAGAGCUUGCGACGCUGGACAUGUAAAUGGCAAAGAUUGUGCAGCUGUUAUUUUAUACUGUGCAGAAUCAGCAACCAAAGCAGCUUUAGAUGCUAUCCAAAUACUAGGUGGAAACGGAUACAUAAACGAAUAUCCAACUGGACGUUUAUUGAGGGACGCAAAGCUGUACGAAAUUGGCGCUGGAACAAGUGAAAUUCGUCGAAUGGUUAUCAGCAGAGCGAUAAGCAAGGAAUAUUCGUGAAGAAAAAAAAAAAAGAAGAAGAAAAUUGUAAAAACCUACAGUGAGAGUGUAAAAUUAAUUUUUCUACUUUAAAUAUAAUGUCCGCGUGAA